AGUACGGUUAUGCAGUCAGACUUGUAGCAUGUUCUAUUUUUCCGCGAAUUUACAAAAACACAUUGGACUGCACCUAAUUUCGUUCUGCGAGACACAUUGGGCGAUCACAAGAGUGCAAUGAAUGGAUCUGCCAGUGUUAAUGGAGAGACAGAAAACAGAGACAAAGUUGUUAUACUAGAUGCAGGAGCACAGUAUGGAAAGGUAAUAGAUAGACGGGUGAGGGAACAAAAUAUAGAAUCAGAUGUACUUCCUUUAGAUACUCCAGCUUUUACAAUCAAGGAAAAGGGAUACAGAGCUAUUAUUAUAUCAGGUGGGCCUAGUUCUGUUUAUGCUGAAGAUGCUCCAAGAUAUGAUCCUGAUAUAUUUAGAUGUGGACUUCCAGUCCUGGGGAUUUGUUAUGGGAUGCAGAUGUUAAACAAAGAAUUCAAUGGUACUGUGAAAAAGAAAGAGGCCAGGGAAGAUGGCCAAUUCACAAUCACUGUGGAUACCAAAUGUAGUUUGUUUAAAGGUCUGAACAAGCAGCAGUCAGUCUUACUAACGCAUGGUGACAGUAUAGAUCAAGUAGCCAAAGGAUUUAAAUCAAUUGCUACUUCAGGGGAUAUUGUAGCAGGAAUAGCCAAUGAGAAGAUGAAUUUAUAUGGUGUACAGUUCCAUCCAGAAGUAGACCUAACAGACAAUGGUAGACAAAUGAUUAAAAACUUCUUACAUAACAUAGCCAAGAUUGAAGGGAAAUAUACCAUGGAAUCUAGGGAGGAAACUUGUGUCAAAUACAUCAGAGAAACCGCUGGGGAUCAUAAAGUUUUAAUGUUACUGAGUGGUGGCGUUGAUUCGACAGUAUGUGCAGCCUUACUACACAAAGCUCUGAAGGAUGACCAAGUGAUAGCUGUACAUAUAGACAAUGGUUUUAUGAGGAAGAACGAGAGUAAUCAUGUAGAAGUGUCUUUGAACGAAAUAGGUCUCGAUGUCAAAGUGAUCCGAUCUGCUCACACAUUCUACACAGGAAGUACAGCAGUGCCUGUUACACAGUCAGAUGGUACCUCACGGAAACGGAAAACAAGUACUCUGAACACCACAGAAAAUCCUGAGGAGAAAAGAAAUAUCAUUGGGGAUACCUUCAUGAAGGUAGCCAAUGACUUUGUAGAAGAGCUAAAUCUCAAGCCGGAAGAUGUAUAUUUAGGUCAAGGUACUUUACGACCUGACCUGAUAGAAAGUGCAUCAGAGUUGGCCAGUGGUAAAGCAGAUGCCAUUAAAACACAUCAUAAUGACACAGAAUUAGUAAGGGAGUUGAGAAAACAAGGCAGAGUUGUGGAACCUUUGAAAGAUUUUCAUAAAGAUGAGGUCCGUCAGAUUGGGAAAGACUUGGGACUGCCAGAUGAGAUGGUCCAGAGACACCCGUUUCCAGGUCCUGGUUUAGCUAUUCGUGUGAUUUGUGGUGAUCAUCCAUACAUGUGUAAAGACUUUGGAGAAACCAGUGUACUACUCAGAUUUAUUGUGGAUUAUGAAAAUGCAUUGAAAACUCCUCAUUUACUAAUUACAAGAAUAAAAGAUAGUACAACAGAAGAAGAGAGAAAAGAGUUAAAAAGAAUAAGUUCUGAGUGUAACUUGACAUCCACAUUACUGCCUAUAAAGACUGUUGGUGUACAGGGUGAUUGUAGAACCUACAGUUAUGUUGUUGGGUUGUCAACAGAUGAGAAACCGCCGUGGACAAGUCUUAUGUAUCUUGCCAAGCUUAUCCCACGAAUCUGUCACAAUAUUAACAGGGUUGUGUAUAUCUUUGGUGGUAGUGUUAAAUACCCAUUGGAGGAUAUAACACCAACAUACCUCACCAGUGGAGUGCUAAGUACCUUAAGACAAGCUGACUAUUUGUGUACAAAAGUAUUAAUAGAAGAAAAAUGUGUUCAUAAACUGAGUCAAAUGCCAGUGAUUAUAACGCCAUUACAUUUUGAUCGGGAUCCUGCACUGAACCUUCCGUCGUGUCAAAGGUCAAUUGCAAUACGCACAUUCAUAACGAAUGAUUUCAUGACGGGUAUACCAGCAACACCUGGACAGCAUAUAGACACAAAGGUGCUAGAUAGAAUGGUUACAGAGAUUUUAACGGUGCCCGGAUUAUCAAGGGUUAUUUAUGAUCUGACGUCCAAGCCUCCUGGUACUACAGAAUGGGAAUAAUAGCCUCCUGGUACUACUGAAUGGGAAUAACAACAUUUGCCAAAAUUGUCAUUGCUAAAACUGAGCUUUGUCUAAAAUCAAUUGAGAAAGGCAGCUCAAAAGACUGUCUAGAUGCUUCAUGAUACAAUUGUAUCUAUUUUAAGUGCUUCUAUUGUGAAAACCAGUUUGGUUGUUAAUUCAUUACUCAUAAUUUCAUAACUCAUCAACUCAACAGCAGUGUUACCAGUGCAUCUCAGAAAUGUAAUUUAUAAGCACUGUGGAUUCAUUAUUAUUCGCAGUAUACCAAUUUUUUCGUGGAUUUUGUGGAUUUUGUGAACCUUUAGUACUUAUUUAAAUGUUUUUGUAAAGUACAAAUUUUACAAAUUUUUAUAGGCUAGUCAAAGACUUUGGCAAAACCAUGAUAUUAAACUAUCCAUGAAAAUUUAAUUGUGUACCCAUGAAUAUCAAAGAAUCCUCAAUAUUCACAAACAUAAGAGCAUUGUUACCAGUACAUGCUAAAAAAAACACAUUUUUUUAGUUUUCACAUGAUCUUUAUGAUGUAUUAUUCUAUCAACACCAGGGUUGACAUUUACAGAACAAAGGAGUAGGUCCGGUAAGGCUGAUUUUGGCCUCAAAUUUCAGGUUCAUCUAACAAAAGAUUUCGGACACUUUUUAAAUACUUAAGUGUCUAUUUCAAGUGAUUCAAUUUGUUUAUGUGAAAGAUUUUAACUGAUUUAGUCAUUAAAAACGCCCUGACUCAAGCUUAAAUAUGAAAAAAAUAUCAAAUAUUCCAAAAAUCAUCACUUUUCAGAUGUUUUUUGUCAAAAAUGAAAGUGACCUCAUCCGUGUUCAUCCUCAACCUUUAUAUAUAUUAUGUAUUAUCAUCAAAUACAACUUACAUUUCAAUAUUAUGAAUGAACACAAAUGCGGCCACUUUUAUUUAAGACGUAAACUGUCUAAAAAUGCUAUAAUUGUGAAGAUUUCAGUAAUUUAGUAUGACUUAAUGAUGCUAGUACCCGAUAUAUGUGCAUUGUAUUGUCAAAAACAGCCCAUAUUUAUGUACCAGGAGCAUUCAACUUUUCAAUAAAUAUCUUAAUGAUUACAUUUUCACAAUUUUCUAAAACUGCUAUAUUUUGGGGCCAUAAAGUGGUCUUACUGAACCUACUCCUUUACAGUAACUUGUUUCAUAAAAGUGUUGACUUAUUGAAUAUUUUUGUUUAUAAGAAGCAGUCUCUUUUUGGACUAGAUAUUGUCUCAAUAAACACAUUAAGAUUG